AUAAGUUCAUACCUUUUUAUUUUCUUUUUCCGCUGUAAACUUCAAUUCUUACAACACCAUCCACCCCCACCUACAUGCUCCGGCCCACCCCCAUAUGGCCAUACGCUCACCGCCACCGGCACCUCAUUCCACCGUCCACCCUUGUCCACCCCACCCCCUUCCCCCAUGCACCCUUGCCUGCCCCAAAUAUGUCUAUUCUUCUGAAGAUUACUGUGGCGACGCAUGGCUGCUUUGUCUCAUGGGCAGAGGCGCUGUUUUGCAACACCCAGGGCAGCCCUAUUGCGCUGUUUGUGGCAGAUACCUGGGCAAUAUGGAAGGCUAGAAAUGUAGCUUUAUGGGAGAAGAAGGUACUCAGGCCGCUUGUUGUGGCGGAGUGGGCAACGGCGGCGCCACUAACCACUGCGGCAGACCCGCCCCUUGCGCCGUCCUCGCAUCAGGUGGCAGUGUGGGGGGGUUUCAAAUGUAUGGUGGAUGCCGCUCUCCACAUGCGCUCACAUUCAGUUGGGGUGGCAGCGGUCUUGUUGAGGGAGGAUGGGUCCUUUGGGAGUGCCUUUAGUAGAAUCGUUCGGUGUCCUUUUGAGGCUCGAGUUGGGGAGGUUUUCGCAAUCAAGGAAACAUUGUCUUGGCUCAAGGAGAGGGGUGUCACAGAGGUUGCUUUAUUUUCAGAUUGUUCGCUGCUCAUUCAGGCCUUAAACAGGAGGCAAGCUGAUGAUCGGUCGUAUUUGGGAGUUAUUGAGAGCGAGUGUAGGCUCUUGGCCUCUUCUUUUUCACAGGUUCAUUUCUGUUACUUUUCAAGGCGUUUUAAUUCUAUUGCGCAUGUUUUGGCUAAGAACUCUGAGGACGGAGGCAACGUUUGGCCUUCCGAUCCGCCUGCUUGUAUUUCGCACUUAAUUCGUUAAUGGCAUGAUUUUGUUUUCCCUAAAAAAAAAAUUAAUUUUUAAUGUAUAUUUUCCUUCCUAUGAAAUAAGAAAAUUAUUUUUCUGGA